UUGAAGGUAUCGUUCAAGGGAACGGGCAUCAACUCCACAAUGCUACAGUUUGUUUAGCAAGCUGCAGCGACUAGCUAUCUUUACAUGUGAAGUGGGUUAAAUGUAAAACGUUGCGGACAAAAGAUGUGACAACCUUCGGUUAAAAGGAUCAUUAGAGAGGCUGCAGUCAUGGGCCCAGACACUGCAUCUGUCCCUAAAACAGCAUCUUCAGAGGAAAGUCCCCGAGAAGUCGCUGAGAAGGUAAUCUCAGAAUCAGAUUCCAAUGAUGCUUCAACCGCCACUGAGCCCGAGAACUCCAACCAGCCAGAGGGCAACAUAUCAGACAAGUGUUACCCUUGCUCCAUCUGUGGCAAGGUAUUCGACAGACCAUCAAAGCUAGAGAGGCAUAAACCUGUACACACGAGGAAGCCUAAAACUCUUUAUCAGUGUCAGCAUUGUGAUAAGAGUUUCACACAACAAGAGAAGCUGAUCCGACACCAGAAUUGCCACAAUAGGACAAACAAGCACCCCUGUCCUGACUGUGGGAAAGUGUUCAACAGGCCUUCAAAGUUAGAGAGACACAAGCGCACCCACUCAAAGAAACCAAAGGUGCCUCAUCAGUGUUCAUACUGCAUGAAGACAUUCAGUAAACUUAACAAACUUGUCCGGCACAAGCGAAUGCACACCGGGGAAAAGCCUUUCACCUGCUCGGUCUGUGGAAAAGGAUUCUCUGAGUCCGGUCACUGCAAAGCACACGAAAAGACGCACGAGGAGCAGCCAGAAAAACCUCACUGCUGCGCGGACUGUGGGAUGUGUUUCUUCAAGGCCUCAGAACUCCGUCGGCACUUCCGCUCCCACACGGGAGAGAAACCUUUCAGAUGCACCCUGUGUGAGAGCUGCUUCUCCCGCUCAGAAGGGCUUAAAAGACACAUGAGAAGCCACACAGGGGAAAGACCAUACAAAUGCAUUAUCUGCGCAAAAGGGUUUUAUUCUCGUCAGGAUUUGAAUAUUCAUGGGUUGACCCACUCAGGAGAGAAACCACAUCUUUGCCCCGUGUGUGGUAAAGGCUUCUCACAGCUGGGCAACAUGAAAGAACAUGAACAAAACGUUCAUAUUAAGUCAGAGAAAUAUAUUUGCAACGAGUGCGGGGCAACCUUCACACGUUGUGCUCACAAAGAUGUGAAUUGA